AUGACAGACUCUUCUGCAGCGAAACUACCCAAAGAGCUGAAGAAUGAUUUGGCAACUGAGUGUAUUCGAUCUAAUCACCGACUCAGAGUCGAUAUUUGGCAUUGGAAGCUUUUCGAUAGAUUCCAUGUUGUUCUGCUCCCACUGCACGAGCGGGGCGCCCGCUUGACGGUCGCGCAGAAAUCACGCCACACUGCCCAUUACGAAACGUUCCUGGCUAGACAUCGUAAGCUUCCUGGCGUCAAUGUCGAGAAGCUUUCUCUUAUGCCUGGUGAUCCUGGCUAUGUCUUGUGGGCAUGCGAACGGUCACUGAGGGAUGGCGUUUCCGAGGCGGUUGCCCUCCAGUUCGAGGGUGAUGAGUUGGCUAGACUGGUUGACCAACGCCUACAUUCGAGGCUGAGAGGCCACAUUCACCUCACGCCCUGGAGUUACGUUGACAACCUCCAUUCUUUGGCUACUAUCCAAGAAGUGAACGCUACGACUUUGAUUCCAACUGUAAUGAAGCUACCAGGGCUAUGGAGCUGUGAGCAUCGAUAG